CAUGAGACGUCAGGCUGCCGCGCCACUUCUUGCACCGCUAAGAACCGCGAGCUGCAGCUGCAUGAACACUAGUCUCUGGCACUGCGAAGCGUUUAAACCGAUACUUUAAACGGUAUUUCUGGCAUCCUCGUGGCUUCUUAGUAGUCGGUGGUCGUUAUUUCACCUGAGGUUCAACGUCUGCAGCCAUGGCUCGUAAGGAUUAUGCGGCGGAGAAAGAGAAAUGCAAAAGGUUCCUGCAGGAGUUUUACUCAGAGGACGACAACGGGAAGAAGGUGUUCAAAUAUGGAGCUCAACUUGUGGCCUUGGCCCACAGGGAGCAGGUGUCCAUUUUUGUGGAUCUGGAUGAUGUGGCCGAAGAAGACCCGGAGCUGGUGGAGAGCAUCUGUGAGAACGCCAAGCGCUACACGGGCCUGUUCGCAGACGCCAUCCACGAGCUGCUGCCAGAGUACAAAGAAAGAGACAUUGUUGCCAAGGAUUCUUUGGACGUGUACAUUGAGCACAGGCUGAUGAUGGAGCAGAGAGGUCGUGACCCUGCAGACACCCGAGACGCUCGUAACCAAUACCCAGCUGAACUCAUGAGGAGAUUUGAGCUGUACUUCAAACCUCCCACCACAGCGAAACCCAAAGUAGUGCGAGACGUACGAGCGGAAAGCAUCGGAAAUCUGGUGAAUGUUCGCGGCAUCGUGACCCGCGCCACCGAGGUCAAGCCGAUGAUGGCGGUCGCCACGUACACGUGUGACCAGUGUGGUGCUGAAACCUACCAGCCGAUCCAGUCUCCCACCUUCAUGCCCCUCGUCAUGUGUCCCAGCCAGGAGUGUGUCACCAACAAAUCUGGAGGUCGACUCUACCUGCAGACCAGAGGCUCAAAGUUUGUCAAGUUCCAAGAGCUGCGCAUCCAAGAGCACAGUGACCAGGUGCCCGUUGGAAACAUUCCACGCAGCAUGUCCAUUUAUGCUCGCGGAGAAAACACGCGUCUCGCCCAGCCAGGGGACCACGUGGCCAUCACUGGGGUCUUCCUCCCGCUCCUGCGCACAGGCUUCAAGCAGGCCACCCAGGGUCUUCUGUCAGAAACGUACCUGGAGGCUCAUAACAUCACACUCAUGAACAAGUCGGAGGAUGAUGAGCUCGGCAAUGAUGAUCUAACGGAGGAAGAGCUUCGCGGCAUUACAGAGGAAGGGUUUUAUGAGAAGUUGGCUGGCUCGAUAGCACCAGAGAUCUAUGGCCAUGAGGAUGUAAAGAAGGCUCUGCUCCUGCUGCUGGUUGGGGGGGUGCAGCAAGCACCCAAAGGCAUGAAGAUCAGAGGCAACAUAAACAUCUGCCUGAUGGGGGACCCCGGAGUGGCCAAGUCCCAGCUGCUGUCCUACAUCGACCGCCUGGCUCCUCGGAGUCAGUACACAACGGGCCGCGGCUCAUCUGGCGUCGGCCUGACUGCAGCGGUGAUGCGUGACUCGGUGACCGGAGAAAUGACUCUGGAAGGCGGCGCCCUAGUGCUCGCCGACCAGGGCGUCUGUUGCAUUGAUGAGUUUGACAAGAUGGCCGACGCCGACCGCACGGCCAUCCACGAGGUGAUGGAGCAGCAGACCAUCUCCAUCGCUAAGGCUGGCAUCAUGACCUCCCUCAACGCCCGCUGCUCCAUUCUCGCCGCGGCCAACCCCGCCUACGGCCGCUACAACCCCCGCAAGACCAUCGAGCAGAACAUCCAGCUGCCGGCGGCCCUGCUGUCCCGCUUCGACCUGCUGUGGCUGAUCCAGGACAAGCCGGACGCCGACUCCGACCUGCGUCUGGCGCAGCACAUCACCUACGUCCACCAGCACUGCCGCCAGCCCCCCACCCACUUCACCCCCAUCGACAUGAAGCUGAUGAGGCGUUACAUCGCCGUGUGUAAGAAGCGGCAGCCGGUGGUGCCAGAGUCGCUGGCUGAUUACAUCACCGCUGCUUAUGUGGAGAUGAGGAAGGAGGCCCGAGUCAGCAAAGACACCACCUUCACCUCCGCUCGCACCCUCCUGUCCAUCCUGCGCCUGUCCACUGCGCUGGCUCGCCUUCGCAUGAUGGAGACGGUGGAGAAGGAAGACGUCAACGAGGCCAUGAGAAUGAUGGAGAUGUCCAAGGAUUCGCUACAAGCCGACAAGUCCAGCGCCACGAGGACUCAGCGCCCGGCCGACGUCAUCUUCUCUCUGGUGCGCGAGCUUUCCACGGAGGGCGCGGCGGGCCGCGGGGGGGGCGGCGGCGUGGUCCGCAUGGCGGAGGCGGAGCAGCGCUGCAUCUCUCGGGGCUUCACGCCCGCCCAGUUCCAGGAGGCGCUGGAGGAGUACGAGGAGCUCAACGUGUGGCAGGUGAACCAGGCCCGCACCCGCAUCACCUUCGUCUGAAGAGGGCGGGGCCUCUUCAUUGGGGGGGCGGGGCAUGUUUCCUCCUCAUGCAACCAAAGUCGAGCAGAACCUGACAUUUCUUAAGCUUGACUAUAAACGCUUCCUGUUGUGUAAAUAUGUGCGUCCCGUUUGUUUCUGUACAUUUAUGCUGUAUUGUUGUAAUAAACUCAUGGUUGAA